AUGUUUAUUUCUUGUUAUUUCAUAUUAAUUUGUUUUAUACCUUUAAAUUCUCUAACUUUUAAUUAUAAACUUUUUAAAACUAAUUCAAAUCAAUUUAAUAAUUCAAAUCACUUUAGAACAAAUUGUUACACAUUUAAUAAUUUAAAUCAAUUUAGAACAAAUUAUUACACAUUUUGUACUAAUAUAUAUAAUGACAAUUUUAAUAUCUACUAUAAUACUAAUAAGAAUAUUAAUAAUCCAUCCAAUGAAAGGAAUCCUAUUCAAAGGGAUUCUAUUGAAUGGAAUCCUAAUGUGAAAAAUGCUAAUGUCAGUAAUACUAAUCUGAAUAAUUCCUUUGGGAAUGGAUUUAAAAUUGGAAGUUAUAUGGGAUAUUCUGAACCAUUGAUUUUUACACAAUGUUCAGAUCCUGGUAAAGAACAUGAGGUUGUGGUAUCAGAUAGUCAAACACAUGGAAUAAAUAAAGUAAUUCAUGAUGUUAGAAGAAGAAAUAAUACAAAUAAACCUAUUUUCCCAGUUGGAUCACAUGUUUUCAUACAAAAUGGACCAAAUAAUUGUGGGACUGUAUUAUUCAAUAAAUUUACACAAAUCGCUAAACCAUAUCAAGUAUUGAUAGCAUUGGAUUGUAGAAAUAAUGAUGGAUUAAUAAAGGAAAAUUAUUUGAAAUAUCAUGGAACAAGUCAUUGGAUACCUGAACAUUAUCUUACCAUUGAUUCCAAAAAAUUUUCCAAUUAUCAAAAUACAAGAAUGAGGAAAAAUGUUAAACCGAAUCACAAUUUUAAUUAUCAAACCAAUUCAAAUCAAAAAAUGGUAGUUAAAGAAUAUAAUUUGAUUAAAAGAUAUAAUGAUGAGAUAUUAUUGAGUUUUUCAUUGAAUAAGAUAAUUAGUUUAUAUCAGGAAGCUAAUGAAAAUCAUAUGAUUGAUGAUCAUACUGAUUUAAUAACAUUGGUUCAAAUUGCACGAGUAUUCAAUCUUCAUUAUGAUUCUGCUUAUCGUAAUUUUACUGAUUCUCUUGAAAACAAACAAGUAAAAAGGUCUAAAUUUAAAUUUACAAGAUAUCAAAUAAAUUUCUUAAUACUUUUAACAUCUAAAAUUAUACAAAAAUUACAAAUCAAUCAAUCAAAUGUUGAAAAUACCCUUAAGAAUAUUCAUUACAAUACCCUUAAGAAUAUUCAUUACAAUACCCUUAAGAAUAUUCAUGACAAUACGCUUAAGAAUAUUCAUGACAAUACCCUUCAGAAUAUCGAAUGGAAUACGCUUAGGAAUAUGUAUGAGAAUAUUAAAGAGAAAAAUUAUAGUAUAAAUGAUUAUAUAAAGUUAAUGUGGUCAUCUGGUAUGCUAUUACCAUUAAGAUUUAUACGUAGUAAAUUACUUGAGAUUUUUCGUUUAUCUGAGGAGAAAAUAACAUUUGAAGAUAUUUCAAAACUUGAACUGAAAGAAUUAAUGAAAAUUCUUCACGCAUAUUCAUUUAAUACUAAAAAUAAUAAACAUUUGUUCAAUAUUUUUAAUAUUAUUAAUAAUAUACCAAUACAACAAAUUGAUCCACAAAUAAUAAUAUUGUUAAUACGUUGUUUUGAUAAAAAUAAAUUGGAUUUUGGUACAUUAUCUCCAUUAAUAAUUGGAUUUGUGAACAAUUGUGAAGAUAAAAUAUCCAAAUUUAUGGCCGGUUUUAUGAUAAAGCAUUUGAAAAAUUUUCAAAAUUUCAAACCAAUCAUUGAUAAACUUUUUUCUAUUAUUUUUUCACACGAAGGUGAUCAUAAUUUUUUCAAUACAAAGGAUUUUUAUUAUAUAUUAUGUUCAUGUAUUGGGAAUAUGGAAAUGUUUGAAAAGUUUGAAAAGUUAAUCUAUUCAAUGGAAAUCAAACUUGAACCAUUUACAAUUCUUAAGUCAUUACUAUCAUUACGUCGAACAACACAUUAUAAUAUGAUAUCAUUUCUCAUUAAAAUGGCAUUGAAAAAUAUUGAAGAAUUUUCAUCAUCAGAACUUAAUCUUUUAUUAAAAUCUGUAAAUAAUACUAAUAUACCCAAAGAUUCAAUUAUAGAUUUAUAUAACAAAUAUAUGUCAAUCAAAGGAGAAUCAAUUGAUUAUAGAAAUUAUUUCAUUUUACUGAAUUUCAUUUAUAAACAUUCAUUACCAUUUCCACAAGAUAUUAUAAAAAUUUUGAAUAAAUUGAAUGAGUAUAAUGAAUUUCAUAUUUCAGACCCAGUAUUUUCUUGUAUUGAAUUAUUGGAAAAGAUAUCAAAGAAGUAUGAAAUUGAUAUUUAUAAAGUGUCACCAAGAUUUGUAGAAAGUUUAUUGAACAAAUUUCCUACCAAAAAAUUCCUUUUACCAAGUACAUUAGGACAAUUCAUCUAUUAUAUCUCUGAAAUCGCACCAGAACUUUUACAUAAAUCUAUUUCAUAUAAUUUAUCAUCCCACAAUACUAUGGAUAAUUUAUCAUCCCACAAUACUAUCGACAGUACUAUGGACAAUUUAUCAUCCUAUAGUACAGUGGAUAGUACUGUGGACAGUACACUGGAUAGUGAAUUGGCUAAUGAACAAUGUGAAAUAUUGAAUAAAAAACAUGAAAUGAUACAUAUAAAAGCAUUAAUAUUAUUGAAUAAAUCAAUGAAAAUAAUAAAGGAAAGUUUAUCAAGAAGUUUCAAUGAUACAUUUCUAAUAUCUAUUGAUGAAAAUAAUAUAUUCAAUAGAACCAGUUCCCUUCAAUACAAUUUCAUGAAAUGGCCAAUAUUAUUUCUAUAUCUCACUGUAAAGAAUAAUUUGAUAAAUGAAAUGAAUUUUCCAAGAGAAAAGUUGUUGAAUUAUUUGAAUUUUAUCAAAGAAGGUUUAACAAAUUUAGAUUUAAACUUGUUAAAAUCAACUCUUGAUCUUCUAAAAUUAGACACUCAACAAUUCAAUGAAAUUAUACAAUCCAUUCCCAAAGGAAUUAAUCACAUUUAA